AGCAACGAUAGAGACAACUGGAGCUGGUGCCCGGAUAAUCGAACAGGCGACGCCAAUUCACAAGAGUUUGUUUUCAAUUUCUUACCCACAUGCAACAUCCAGUCUGUAGAGAAUAUUCAUUCGACGCGUUUCAUCAAAGAAGAUAAUCCUACAUAAACAGCAGCUACGCAAUUGCAACAGCCCAGUCUAUCAGAAUGGACAGAGUCGAGGUAGACGCAUAGCUGAAUGACGUUACAUUUCUACAUUUUGAAUCCUUCUGUUUCGACAAUGGCCCGAACUUUAUUAGGAAGAUCAGAGGCCGCAAUGGCGGCCAUCACCGCUCUCCUGAUGCUAGGAUUUUUCAUAGCGUACCAGACAUCUGUUGACUCUUCCCGGGAACUGCGUUACGCGAUGGCAUCUGGUGCUAAUUCUACACUGUGCUCUUGUGAACAUGAUGUAGAAACUGCAAUUCGUGCUCUUAAGCAGCAUUUGUCGGUCAGUGCUGUCUCUACAGCCCCUAUCAGGAUCAAAUCACCUGUAACCAAUAGCCUCAUGUACCUUCAGCCCGGAAAGGAACGCGUGUGUAAGGAUGGCCAAAUUGACCAUGGAUGCUACUGCAAGAAAGCCACCAAUGUCUAUCCACCCGAAAACAUACUUUUAAGCCAAGAUAUUCGGUGGGCACGAGGAUGCAAGAAACGCAGACCCGAUGCGAUCAUUCCAGGCACCAUGAAGAGCGGUACUACGGCUCUAAAGGCCUAUCUUGAAAUCCACCCGGCUAUCACUUUCCCAGAUAAGGAAUUAAAAUUUGCAAACCAUCACAAGGUGGAAGAAUUUGAUGAAUACAAUAAAGUCAUGCCUUAUUCUACCCCAGAUCAGAUCGCAAUAGAGAAAACCGCGGGAUAUUUCAACAGGAUACCAGUCGUAGAGAGACUUCGAGAGGCUUUGCCUGAUAUCAAAUUUAUCAUAAUCAUGCGCGAACCGAUACAGCGUGCAGUGUCAAACUAUAUGCACAUGCUCGCUAUUAAAGUAAAAAGUUCAGGUACUUUACCCAUCGUCAAAGAACAUUCUUCUGCUCCACAAUAUGAAAUCAAAUCUACCUUUCGUGAGUCGGUCCUUUUUCCAAAUGGUAGUCUCAAAACGGCUAAUCGUCUUCUCGAUACAAGUCGAUAUGUUCGAUACCUUAAACAGUGGUACCGCAUAUAUCCUAGACAUCAAAUCCUUGUCUUGGACGGGGAGGAGUUUACACAGGAUCCCCUCCCAAGUCUCCAAAGAGUCGAGGAAUUUCUGGGAAUUGAUCGCUUCUUUGACGAGGAUAAAUUUUUCUUCAACGAGACGAAAGGGUUCAUCUGCCUUCGAGAUCCUUUUGAGAUGUGUAUGACAGGUAACAAGGGGAGGCCGCACGAAGAGGUCAGUGAUGACUUAAUGGAAAAGCUGAGGGAUCACUUUAGACCCUUUAAUCGGAAACUUGUCAAGGUUCUUGAGCGAGAACUUAGCUGGACGAAUUCUUACUGAAUAACACAAUUACAAUUUGAAACAUUUGGAACGAUUGUAAAGUUGUAGGGUUUCAGAAAAGACUAAAAAGUACAAUAUGUGUUUCACCUUGUAAACCAUUAUUAGUAUCUUAUUAUUUUGCUAUAACUCGCCUUUCGCUUUGUGUGAGCGAUAUAAGGUGUUAAAGCCCGUCUGUACUAGUUUGACCAGGAGUGAGUGGCAGGUGGUUAUCUCAUCAAAUCAGCUCUCACCUAACAUAUGAAAAAAGUGGAUCAUGGGGGACCAACAGGCAUCGUUUGCUAUAUAGAGAGAGCAAGUAGCUACAAGUAGUGCAGUCUCAUUGUAACAGGACACAAUUGCGGAUUUAAAACAAAAGAAGAAGCUGGUGCACAUCUGUGCACAUAAUACAUGCGCACUAAAAGAUGAUGUAAUAGUGUAUUUUGAAGAGGUUGUUUGUCAUAGCUAAAUCCAUUCUUAUUUUAUGGGUUUUUGAAGCCGUAUAUACUUAAAGUAGCGAAUUUACCCCCCCCCCCCCCCUAACAAAAACGCCUAAAAUAGUUAAAAUAUAUCAGUUAUUUGUUUUGCAUUUUCGUGUUUUUUUUUAAUUGAAAUUUGCCUAAAAGAAAAAUGAUUUGAAUGAGCCAAUCUGUUUGAAGGUGGUAGCACUACAUUUACACAUACAUGUAAACAGAACACAAAAAGUUACUAUCCCCUAAAGAACUGCUCAUAAUUUUAUAACCUUAAAUGGAACACAAUGUCAUCUUACCGCAAUAUUGAUACAGUUGUGUUAUGUACAUUUUGUGUUAAUAUUCAUCGCUGUAUGGCUGAAUGAGCACAGAUUAAAGACCAAAUGGCCUAAUUCAAAAGUCACAAGACAUUGUGCGUGCCAAGAUAAUUGUUGUGAAAUAGCACAUGACUGAAUGCAUUGAUUAUGGUUCAUGAAACAAUACUAUUUGAUAUCGUAUUCCAUCCAUUUUUUUAAAUUAAUGGCACAUGUUAUUAAAAUGCAUUAUUUGCAAUUGUAAAAGAGUGCAUUUUGAAAAGUUUCAAUUCUUAGUAAACUGCAAUAAUAAUAUACUUUUGUGAAUUUUGAAUUUUGAAAUAUGAAAUUUUUCUGUUUUCAUAGACUAAAUUAGUAAGUUAGCCUGCCCUAGCCUAGGCAACGGGGCCCUUGCACAAUUGUUUUUAACUGUAACUUCACCAGUUCAUGAAAAGGCAGUGUUUAUAGCCACAUGUGUGGCAGAACAUGCAGAGUAUAUCAUUUCCACUUUCAUACCUGUAUGCAAAAUGCAAAUAUUAAGUGUUGCUAGGUAGGUCAAGCCAUAAUGUUUGUCCUACCUGGCAACAACUAAUGUAUGCAGUCGGAUUCUGUCUAUUAAAAUACUAUUAUUCUUAUCAGGUGGAUGAAAUAAUUUGUGUAGAGGCACUUUACAAAGAUUUAUGCAUUGAAUUUGGUCACAUUACGAAAAUGGCAUAUUGCGAGGAUCGUAAAGAGCAUAAAUUAUAAAAGACUGCGCAGCAAAGAUUUGCAUUUUGUAGCGCCAAAAACAAAAGGCUAGAUUACGUAACGGCAUGCUGUGUUGUGAAUGAAUUUUACCUCUGCAAAAUGCAUGGACUCAUCAACAGAGGAUGUGUCGGUGGAAAAAAAUUAUUCCACCUUUAUUUGCAACAGGGUAUAUGAAUAUAAUACAUGUGUGUAGAUGCGUGCGCGUGUGUGUGUGCAUAUUCGUGUGUGAGGUAGGGGCAGUGAGAAUAUCGAAUUUUAAAAGCUGAAUUAUUGUACAAAUACAUAUUACAGAAUUUCGCUUUUUAAUAAA